UUGAUUUAUGUUAAUUUAAUCUUAUCUGAAUUGUCUAUCAAAUGGACAAGAGGUAAGUUUUGAUCGAUACAUAUGUCCAUUUGUUCUUCAUAACUAUCUAAUCGCCAAGUAUUUUAAAUAUAUUUUAUUUAAAACACAUUCCAAUCUACACUUUGCGAUUAGUCUUUGAGAAAAUUUCUAAAGAUGAGGACAUUGACGUUGGGAGUAUUUUGUCUGCUUGCUAGCUUGGUUGCUGUAAGUUGUUCCCCCCUGCGCAGCAGCAGUGUCGAUUUGAUUGAAAAUCGCGCAACUGGUAACGUCAAGUUUUAUCUUUACACUCAAAAUAAUCCCAGCACGGGUCAGCAACUGUUCAUAAAUAAUGAAGAUUCGGUGAAAAAAUCCAAUUUUGAGAAAACCAGGCCCACAAGAAUUAUUAUUCACGGCUGGGGUGGUUCGUAUACCUCCAGCCCCAAUAAGCCCAUACGUGAAGCCUACUUAACCAAGGAUAAUUAUAAUAUCAUAUCCGUUGAUUGGAAUGAAUAUGCAAAAUUGAAUUAUAUUUCUGCCCGGGCCAAGGUUCCGUUGGUGGGUGAGGAUGUAGCCGAAUUUAUUGAUUUUUUAAAUGAGAAAUUUGCCAUGAGCUUUGGUAAUUUAGUGGUGAUUGGUCAUAGUUUGGGUGCCCAUGUGGCCGGCUAUACUGGCAAAAAUGUCAAACGUGGUAAAUUGGAAGCCAUUGUUGGUUUAGAUCCUGCAUUUCCACUGUAUAGCUACGAUAAACCUGCCACGCGUUUGGCUUCAACUGAUGCCAAAUAUGUACAAACCAUACAGACGAAUGGCAAUGUGAAAGGUUUCCUUAAACCCAUUGGCACAGCUUCAUUCUAUCCCAAUUGGGGUCGUCUACAACCUGGGUGUGGCACUGAUUUGGAUGGCAGCUGUUCCCAUGGUCGUUGUGUGAGUUAUUAUGCCGAGGCCAUUAGGGGAUAUUCGUUUGCUCCCGUCUAUAAAUGUGAAAGCUAUGAUAAUAUUUUGGACAAGGACGGUUGUAAUGUUGUCGAUAGCAGUGCCCAAAUCGGUGAUCCCAUGCAGGUGAAGCGUGUCAAUGGCAUUUUCUAUUUUAAGACUAACAGUGAGGCACCAUUUGGCCAUUUAAAAGAUCGUUCUUAAGCAUAUAUAAGUGUAAAUACAAAAUAAAUU